UAUCCAAUACCAUCUUCAAAUCUCUCUUUGACCAUCGUACUCUCUCUCUCAUUCUCUCUCUCUCUCCCCUUUGUAAUUUCUCUCCUCAUCAUCAUCAUCACUCUUUGCCUUUUCGCCGCUGUUGCAGCAGACUCUGCCGCGAACGAAACCAAAGACUCACACUCACUCACAAAGAGAGAGAGAGAGACCACCACAAAACUACACUCCCCUCCCUCUCUCUCUCUCACUCUUAAUACGCUCGAACCCAACCUUAAGAAUCUCUCACUGCAGCAAAAAACUGGUUUUUUUAUUGCUGUUAAUUAUCAGUGGGAGAGAUAAUCACAAACACUCGCCUUCUUUGAUUAAUAUUAUACGCUUCUGCUGCUUCCGCUCGCUGCCGCGUCUUCUCUUCUACUUUGAUCUGACGGCUUCGAUCUUCUCGCUCUCUCAAUCGUACGGCCAGGAGUCCUUUCUCUGCCGGCCUCUCUACGAACUCUAAGAAAGCUUUUCUGGACACCAAAUUAUGGAGUCCAGCUGUCAGAAAAGGGUUAAGAGAAAUGAUUACCUUGAUAAAGAAAAUGGUGAUUUCCAUUAUGUGUCAAAUGUUGACGAAGAAUUUGAUCCAUGGACUGCAUGGGCUUACAAGCCUCGCACUAUUACAUUGUUAAUGAUUGGCGCUUGUUUUCUAAUUUUUGAUGUAUAUGAUGCCAGAUGGGCAAGCGGUGCACUCGAUCCAGAAAGAGAUGCAUCUGGUGAUCUUGUUACCUCUGUUAAAAGGGGUGUGUGGGCAAUGAUUGCUGUUUUUCUUGCUUACUGCCUGCUGCAAGCUCCUUCCACGAUUCUUAUUAGACCACAUCCUGCAAUUUGGCGACUGGUCCAUGGCAUGGCUGUUGUUUACCUUGUUGCCCUCACAUUUUUGCUUUUCCAGAAACGUGAUGAUGCUCGACAGUUCAUGAAAUUUCUUCAUCCUGAUCUUGGUGUUGAGCUUCCUGAAAGGUCUUAUGGUGCUGAUUGUCGCAUUUAUGUGCCAGAAAACCCUACGAGCAGGUUUAAGAAUCUUUAUGAUACACUUUUUGAUGAAUUUGUUCUUGCUCAUGUAAUCGGGUGGUGGGGGAAGGCUAUUUUGAUCCGUAAUCAGCCUCUUCUUUGGGUGUUAUCAAUUGGUUUUGAGUUGAUGGAGCAGUUUACUUUUCGCCACAUGUUACCGAACUUCAAUGAAUGCUGGUGGGACAGUAUCAUACUUGACAUUUUGAUCUGUAACUGGUUUGGUAUAUGGGCAGGAAUGUAUACUGUUAGGUAUUUUGAUGGGAAAACAUACAAGUGGGUUGGCCUGAGCCGUCAACCUAAUAUCAUGGGAAAGGUAAAGCGAACAUUAGGACAAUUUACUCCAGCACAUUGGGACAAAGAUGAGUGGCAUCCAUUGCUUGGUCCUUGGCGUUUUAUUCAAGUGAUCAGUCUUUGUAUUGUCUUUUUAACUGUAGAGCUCAACACAUUCUUUCUCAAGUUCUGUCUGUGGAUACCACCUCGAAAUCCUGUUAUCAUUUAUCGGUUGAUUUUGUGGUGGUUAAUUGCGAUCCCAACCAUUCGCGAGUACAAUUCCUACCUUCAAGACAGGAAGCCGGUGAAAAAGGUCGGAGCUUUUUGCUGGCUUUCUCUUGCCAUUUGCAUUGUUGAAUUACUAAUUUGUAUCAAGUUUGGACAUGGUUUGUAUCCUAAACCAAUGCCUUCAUGGCUGGUAAUGUUCUGGUCAUCUGUUGGAGUUAUCCUUGUAUCAUGUCUGCUUGUAUGGUCAUGGCAGUUGCACCGAAGUCUCAGCAAAAAAAAGAGGCGAUAAAUUAAUUAAAUUUACAGUUCUGGUGGGGCAAUUAUUCUUUGAUUCCUUCCUGAUUUUUAUGGUUAUUGUCCAUGCAUAGCAUCCAUGUUGUAAAUACUAUCAGCUUCAUAAUUGUAAAUGAUCAUUUUCCUAGCUAGGGUAGUGGAUCUCAGUCUUAGCAUUAUGAUAUCUGUGAGUGGGAAAAUAUUAGUUACAGCUGGUAGAGGAAGAAAGGUCUUUUAAAUGGGACGCCUUAGAAUGAAUCAUUUUGAAACAUUUUCUUGUAGUUUUUGUUAGUUUUGAUUGAAAUUACAGAGCUUGAGUUUGUUCA